AUGUCGGCGGCCGGCGCUAGCCCUUUGGCCGUUGCACCAAUCACUGCCGGACCCACCACCACACGCCGACGCGUCGGAGAUUCACAGGAAACAACCACCUCCGAACGACCCUCCAUUUCCUCCGAUUACUGCAACACAGUCAACAUCUCCGUCUCGCCGGAUUUAGACGACGGAGACGCCAUCGGACAAAACGGCGCGUGCUCCUCACCUUCCUCGAUGGGUUCCUCGUCGAGCGGAUCCCAUUACCACCACGAUCAUCACUACCACCACCACCACCCGACGAUUCGGUACUUUCUCCACCGAAAACUGCGGCUGCCGUUUCUCUGCGACGGUGGUGGAUCGACGGCUGUGGUGGGUCAAGGAUUCUGUUUCGGGAGAAAUGUGGGCCGUCGGAUCUUGGGUCUUCUCAUGUUUCUCGUCGUCGCUUCUCUCUUCCUCAGAGUCUCUCUCAUGGGUGGCCGAGUCGUUGACCACGCGCACCGGAGAGAUUUGAACGAGCUCGUCGUCGUUAGGGCGUUACACGAAGAUUGGUCCAUGGCUCAACGCGCAAUGACAGAGAACGUUGCUUUUGAGAAGCUUCCCAUUCCGGAAAUAUGGCAGAAACCGGAAAGUGGAAAUUACCGUAAGUGUGCGUCACGUCCCAAGAACCGUUCAAGGCUGCGUAGGAAAACCAACGGUUAUCUUCUUGUACACGCUAAUGGAGGAUUGAAUCAGAUGAGAACUGGCAUAUGUGACAUGGUUGCUGUAGCAAAGAUUAUGAAUGCGACUCUUGUUCUUCCUCUCCUCGACCAUGAAUCUUUCUGGACCGACCCAAGCACUUUCAAAGACAUUUUUGACUGGAGACACUUCAUGAACGUGUUGAAAGAUGACGUUGACAUUAUCGAGUACUUGCCUCCUCGUUAUGCAGCCAUGAGACCUCUCCUCAAGGCUCCUGUUUCUUGGUCCAAGGCUAGUUACUACAAAAGCGAGAUGCUACCACUGUUGAAGAAACACAAAGUGAUAAAGUUCACACACACUGAUUCACGCCUCGCCAACAACGGCUUGCCACCAUCGAUCCAACGGCUUAGAUGCCGUGCUAAUUACCAGGCAUUAGGUUACUCCAAGGAGAUUCAAGAUUUUGGUGAAGUUCUUGUUAACCGGUUAAGAAACAACAGUGAACCUUUCAUUGCUCUCCACUUGAGAUACGAGAAAGACAUGCUUGCAUUCACAGGCUGCAGCCACAACCUCACAGCAGGAGAAGCAGAAGAGCUGAGAAUCAUGAGGUACAAUGUGAAACACUGGAAGGAGAAAGAGAUUGACAGCAGAGAGAGGCGGAUACAAGGCGGUUGUCCGAUGUCUCCACGAGAAGCGGCGAUAUUCUUGAAGGCAAUGGGGUAUCCGUCUUCUACGACUGUCUACAUAGUAGCUGGUGAGAUCUACGGAGGGAACAGUAUGGAUGCUUUCAGAGAAGAGUACCCAAACGUCUUCUCUCAUUCAACUUUAGCCACUGAUGAAGAGUUAGAACCUUUUAAGCCUUACCAAAACCGCUUGGCUGCUUUGGAUUACAUUGUGGCGCUCGAGAGCGAUGUCUUUGUGUAUACUUAUGAUGGGAAUAUGGCUAAGGCUGUGCAAGGUCACAGGAGGUUUGAAGGGUUUAAGAAGACUAUCAAUCCAGACAGGUUGAGUUUUGUUGGACUGAUAGAUCAUUUAGACGAAGGAGUGAUGUCAUGGGAAGAGUUUUGUUCAGAGGUGAAGAGAUUGCAUGGAGAGAGGAUUGGUGCGCCUUAUGAGAGACUUGCCGGUGAGUUUCCUCGGCUUGAGGAGAAUUUCUAUGCAAACCCACAACCGGAUUGUAUCUGUAACAAGUCUCAGCCUGGGGAGAAAUCCUGGGAAACAAGUUUAAGAACAGAGCUAAAGCUUCGUGGUCUUUCGUUUCUUCAACAAGAUCUCACAUUCAACCUUAAUUCGAUUCUCGAUUUCGAAUCUACUCAUUAUAAACAAGACUUGAGCUUAACGUCAAGUUUCCUUAACUCUCGAGAAAUCAUGGGAUUCUGGACGCUAAUGGAAGGAUUGCUCCUAUUUGCAAACGCGCUUGCUAUCCUCAACGAAGACCGUUUUCUAGCUCCCAAAGGAUGGACACUCGCAGAACUCCACCAAACAGGCAAAAGAAACUCUCUUAAAGGCCAAAUCAUCGGUCUCAUCCACGCCUGUCAAUACAUGAGGCUUCCUCUUAUGCUCUUUAACUUGAUAGUCAUCGUUGUUAAGCUCUUCUCCGGUUAA